UGUGAAUUAAAAGGUACACGCAACUGUAGUGAACUGUCCUUUUCCAGUCAUCCCUUGAAACUGUAAUCUUUAGCCAUGGGUCGCGUACGCACGAAAACUGUCAAGAGAGCAGCUCGCUCCAUCAUCGAGAAGUACUACACUCUUUUGACCUUGGAUUUCCACACCAACAAGUCUAUCGCUGAGGAGGUUGCAUCUAUCCCCAGUAAGCGUCUGCGCAACAAAAUCGCUGGAUAUGUCACCCACUUGAUGAAGCGUAUCCAGAAGGGUCCCGUUCGUGGUAUCUCUAUCAAGCUUCAAGAGGAGGAGCGUGAGCGUCGUGAUCAAUACGUGCCCGAGAUCUCAGCUCUUGAGCCUGUUGAUGGAAGCAUUGAGGUUGAUGCUGAGACACAGGCCAUGUUGAAGGACAUGAAGUACGGUGGUAUGGUCAAUGUUGUUCAAAUUCACCCCGGAUUCAACCAGUAAAUCAACAUUGUCUGACAGUUGUCACGCUGAAGGGUGUCCCAUGUUGGCGUGAAAAAAAAAUAAAGCUAGUUAAAGAUUCUGGUAUUCUGUACCCGAGAUUCAAUAACGGUUAUGUUUACAUGCAUGAAGCACGCGACUGUUUGCAUAGUCUUGCACGAAUAUCCGGAAGCAAAUUACCCCAAGUGAGAUGUCAUUGACCUUGGACCAGCGCUUCCGGUAGAGAAAUAGGCCGCAUUUUCGCUAACACCGUUAAUCAGUACACAUGUACGGAGUUUGAUAGUAGAUGUCGGUA